AGUGGUACUGGGAAUGCCUUCUACGACCAUGGUUUUACAGGGUGCUUGCCGUUGUUCUGGCCACAUUCUCUGUCAUUGUUGUGUGGUCAGAGUGCACCUUUUUCAGCACAAAACCAGUUUUAUCACUGUUUGCAGUUUUCAUACAGCUGGCAGAAAAGACAUAUAACUAUAUAUACAUAGAGAUGGCCUGUUUUCUUACCAUCUUUUUCCUAAGUAUCUGUGUUUACUCUACUGUCUUCAGGAUCCGUGUAUUUAACUAUUAUUACUUAGCUUCACAUCAUCAGACAGAUGCAUACAGUCUCCUUUUCAGUGGCAUGUUAUUUUGCCGUCUGACUCCACCAUUAUGCUUGAACUUUUUGGGCUUGACCCACAUGGAUGCAACAAUCUCUCACAAAAACACUCAGCCAACUGCUUAUACAUCUAUAAUGGGAUCCAUGAGAGUGCUGUCCUUCAUUGCAGAUGGAUUCUAUAUAUAUUACCCAAUGCUUGUUGUCAUUCUCUGUAUUGCCACAUACUUCAGUUUAGGAACUCGUUGUUUGAAUCUUUUGGGAUUCCAGCAGUUCAUGGGGGAUAGCGAAAUGACCUGUGGGAAAGAGCUAAUCAGAAGAGAGAAAAGAAAACGACAAAGGCAGGAAGAAGGUGAAAACCGAAGAAGGGAAUGGAAGGAGCGGUAUGGAAAUAGAGACGAUUCCACUAGAAACAGAGUUGUCCACACAGACCAAAAAGAAUCCAGUUUCUCAGAGACCAAUACCAAUAGACCGCUAUCAAAGUAUACCCGAUCAAAUGGUAGGACUGAAAGAGACAGAAUAGAACUUCUCCAGGAUGCAGAACCUUUGGAUUUUAAUGCAGACUCAAUUAAUGAUGACCCUCUUGAAUCGGACUCUGGAAGGUACCAGCCUGGUGGAAGAUACCUGUCAAUGUCUCGGAGCAAAAUAUUUGAUGAUGUCUAA